AUGGCGACAGAGAGCGAGGAGGACACGUCCACCAUCUUCCUCCUCACCUUCUGCACCACCGUCCUGCUCCCGUGGACGCUCAUCAAGCUGACUCGAGCGAGCUCCGACGAGGCGGCCGCGUGGCGCAAGCUCGGCUUCGGCGCGGACUCGGAGGUUGUGAGCUGCGCCGUCCGGCGGCGGCCGAGCCGCUUAAAACGGCACUCGACGGCGCUCAACGCGCUCUACCUCGUCCUCGUCCUCGCCGAGGGGUAUCUCCUCCUCGCCGGCGGCGCGCCCGCCGCCACCUUUGACCCGCACGAGGCUCUCGGCGUCGACUCGGGCGCGACGCAGGCCGAGAUCAGGUCGGCGUACCGGCGGCUCGCGGCGACGCUGCACCCGGACAAGAACCCGGAUCCGCGGGCGCACGAGCGCUUCGUCGAGGUUGCCAAGGCGCACAAGAUUUUGACCGACGACGCCGCGCGCGAGGCGUUUGAGCGAGGCGCCGGGCAGUACCAACAGGUUGGCUUUGCGACGCCGGAGCUGCUCGAGCGGCCGUACGUGCUAGGGCCGCUGCUGCUGGUGGUGGUGUGCUGGCCCCUCCUCCGGCUCCGCUCCAUGGGCCGCGAGUCGGCCGCCAAGCAGGCGGCGCAGGCAAAGGCGCAGCAGCUCUACGUCGGCGCCGCACUCGGCGGAGGCUCCGCCAGGCAGACGGCCAGCCACCCCGCCAGGCAGGCGGCCCGGCCGUCGCGCGAGUCGCUCCUCCUCGCCCUCGCGCGCGCCGUCGCGCAGCCGCUGCCGCCGGCCCUCGCCUCGCUCGCCGGCCCGCUCGCGGCCGAGGCGGCGGAGCUGCGCGAGGCGGACGGGCAGGGCGGGGAGGAGAAGCGCUUCGGCGCGGAGCUGGCGGCGGCGGAGCCGGCGGAGGCGGCCGCGUGGUCUCUCCUCGCGCUGCACCUGGCGCGGCGCGAGCUUGCGGCCGAGUGGCGCCCACGCCUUCAGGCGCUGCUCGAGGAGGCGCCGAGCGCGCUGCAGUCCUUCGCCGAGGCGGCCGCGGCGGCGGAGGGCUUCUGCGAGGGCGGGCUCGACCAGCCGCUCGGUGCGGUGCGGGACCUCGCCGAGCUGCGCUCCUGCCUCACCCAGGCGGUGCCCUUCCGCAAGCCGCGCCCCUUUGACACGCUGCUGCAGGCGCCGCACUUCACGCCGCGCGCCGCCGUGGCGGUGGCGGCGGCGAUGGCGGCGCCCGCGGCGGAGGAGGCGGAGGUUGCGGCAGCCGGGGCGGAGGCUUCCUUUGCAGAGGCGGCGGAGGCGGAGGCGGAGGCGGCCCUUAUGGGGACGGAGGCGGAGGGCGGCGGCGGCGCGGGCCGAGCCCGCCACAAGCGAAAGGGCAAGAAGGCGGGCGGCAAGAAGAGGGGGAGCGGCGGCGCCACCGCCAGCGACGCGCCGGACUGCGGCGGCUCCGCGGUGGCGCGGCUGGCGGCGCUGGCGGACGGGGCGAGGGCGGCGCUCCUCUCGAGCGCCGGGCUCGACGGCGCGCAGGAGGCGGAGGUGCGCUCCUUCUGCCGCGUGAUGCCGCGGCCGCAGCUGUCGGCGCGCGCCUACGUGGAGGGCGAGGAGGAGGAGGGGGGCGAGACGCUGCCCGGGGACCGGCUCACCGUCGAGGUCUGCCUGAGCCUGCCGCACGAGCGCGCGCCCGGCUGCCCGGUUCACGCGCCUCGCUCGCCACCCUCCGCCGAGGCGUGGCUGCUCUGCCUCUCCGACGCGGGAGGGGCGAGGCUGCGGGGCUUGGUCGGCGUGGCAGCGCCGCCCGGCGCGGAGCACGUCGCCAAGUUUGCGAUCAAGGUGCCGGGCCGGGCCGCAGGGAGCAGCCUCCGCCUCGAGGCGCACGCGUUCUGCUGCUCGUACGUGGGCGUGGACGCCGAGGCUCAGCUGGCGGUGCCAGUCGGGAGAGGCUGA